GACACCUCCCUCUCGAAGAUGGCGUCCUUGCUGCAAUCGGAGCGGGUUCUCUACCUAGUCCACGGAGAAAAGAAAGUUCGGGCUCCGCUCUCGCAGCUUUACUUCUGCCGCUAUUGUAGCGAGCUGCGGUCGCUGGAAUGUGUGUCUCACGAGGUGGAUUCCCAUUAUUGUCCCAGUUGCUUAGAAAAUAUGCCAUCGGCUGAAGCCAAACUGAAAAAGAAUAGAUGUGCCAACUGUUUUGACUGUCCUGGGUGCAUGCACACCCUCUCCACUCGAGCAACAAGCAUUUCCACACAGCUCCCAGAUGACCCCGCCAAGACAACAAUGAAGAAAGCCUAUUAUCUGGCCUGUGGAUUUUGUCGCUGGACGUCUAGAGAUGUAGGCAUGGCAGAUAAAUCUGUAGCUAGUGGCGGUUGGCAGGAACCUGAAAAUCCUCACACUCAAAGAAUGAACAAACUGAUUGAAUACUACCAGCAGCUUGCUCAGAAAGAGAAAGUUGAGCGAGACCGCAAGAAACUAGCUCGACGUCGGAACUAUAUGCCUCUGGCUUUUUCGGACAAAUAUGGUCUUGGAACCAGACUCCAGCGACCACGAGCUGGUGCAUCCAUCAGUACCCUCGCUGGACUUUCCCUUAAAGAAGGAGAGGACCAGAAAGAAAUAAAGAUUGAGCCAGCUCAGGCUGUCGAAGAAGUGGAACCUCUACCUGAGGACUAUUACACAAGACCAGUAAAUUUAACAGAGGUGACCACCCUUCAGCAGCGCCUCCUACAGCCAGACUUCCAACCAAUCUGUGCAUCACAGCUCUAUCCUCGCCACAAACAUCUGCUGAUAAAACGCUCUCUGCGCUGCCGCAAAUGUGAACAUAAUUUGAGCAAGCCAGAAUUUAAUCCAACAUCUAUCAAAUUCAAAAUUCAACUGGUUGCUGUCAAUUAUAUCCCAGAAGUGAGAAUCAUGUCAAUUCCCAACCUUCGCUACAUGAAGGAGAGCCAGGUGCUCCUGACUCUGACCAACCCCGUGGAGAACCUCACCCAUGUGACUUUGCUGGAGUGUGAGGAGGAGGACCCUGAUAACAUCAAUAGCACUGCUAAGGUGGUGGUGCCCCCCAAAGAGCUCAUCCUAGCUGGCAAGGAUGCCGCAGCAGAAUACGACGAGUUGGCAGAACCCCAGGACUUUCAGGACGACCCUGACGUUAUAGCUUUCAGAAAGGCCAACAAAGUGGGAAUUUUCAUCAAAGUUACCCCACAACGUGAGGAGGGCGAAGUGACCGUGUGCUUUAAGAUGAAACAUGAUUUUAAAAACCUGGCUGCGCCCAUCCGCCCCAUUGAAGAAAAUGACCAGGCCACGGAAGUCAUCUGGCUCACUCAGCACGUGGAACUCAGCUUGGGUCCACUUCUUCCUUAAAAAUUCCACUGUCGGGCAGAUCACAAAGGACGAUGUCUCCAUGUUAAAAUAGCGAAGCCACUGCUUCGUCGGGCCUUGUUCAUUAACCACUAACGUCCCCAUGUACUACUGAGUACUGUUUUCAGGAGAGUAAGGGCAUAGGGAAGGCAUUGAGAACACAGAAGCUGCUGUCCUCUUGCUGUUCCUUCUGUAACACCAAGAAGUCUGUGUCUCCGUCACCGAACCCUGCACGUUGAAUAACAGCAGCCUAAAUUCAUCCCACGAAGGGUCAGCUGCUCUUUGGAGGUGUAAUAGAUUACUACCUGAGAAAUUCUGGCCUUAAUGUCUCCUGGUUUUGUCUUCAAAGGAUCAGAAUCUCACAGAUGAGACUUAAAUGGUAGCCCAAAGGUGGACCUGCUGUUAAUGGCCUAGCCCUGGUCUCACAGUAUCAACUGCUUUUUGCAUUGUAUUAGACGUAAUCUUCAUCUAAGCAUAUCCCUUCGUUUUUCACUAUGGCUCCCGUCUUGCCACAGAUUGCCGUUUGACAAAGGGCAGGAAGUGUUACAGUGUCUUGAGCAUUAGGAUGAUUGGAGCAACCUGUGGAAUUCUU